AUGAAGGAAAUCAGCGAGGGAUUGUUUCUGGGGAACAUUGACGAUGCGGUCUCGCGUCUCGUGGGCCGCCAUAGCCAUAGCUCCAAAAUCUCCCAUGUUUUAUCAGUAGCAAACAUACAUUUGAGCGACAAAGCGAUUGAGACGCGCAGCCAAAUCACAAGGAAGGAGAGGAAGCAAAUGGCGAAGCGCGAUUUGGUGAGAAAGGAGGUGCCUCUUGUCGAUUCGGAGACACAAAACAUCCUGGAGCGCUUGGAGGAGUGCCUGGAUUUCAUUGAGCACGGCCGCCAACACGGUGGCGUGCUCGUCCAUUGCCUCCAAGGAAUCUCUCGCAGUGCUUCCAUAGUCACGGCUUAUCUUAUGAGAAGCGAGAGACUCUCCGUGAAAGAUGCACUUGCUUCUCUACGGCUGCAUAACGAAAUGAUCUGCCCGAAUCCCGGAUUUAUGCACCAGCUGGAGCUGUUUUACGAGAUGAAGUUCACUGUGGACAAGGACAGUCCCUUUUACAGCCGCUGGAGCGACAUAGAUUUCAGCAAAAUUCCACAAGCCCCAGAACUCUCUCAUUGUAUUCCUGAGAGUAAAUCGAGUAAAAGCGAGGAGGCUUUGGUGGAUGGCUUGAACGGACUGUUCACGUGAAAGUGUGCCUCUUUUGAUUUUCGUUAUAUGAUCAUUUUUAACUAUUGUUUAUUCAGCUCUUUUAUUUUU